GGGAGGGGUGUGCGAAGUUCCUUCGUGAAGCUGAAGGCGACCAAACCUUUUGAAACUUGCGGCUUUUGCUAGAAAUCCGAGCUCCGCCUUCAACAAGUUCACAUUGCCGAAACUUAUUCAAUAUAACGCUAGUUUAAAACUUUUAAACUUUUAAUAUGUGAUUAAUUUGAACGGUUCUUAACUCCACUUUAUAAUUCCUUAUCUGAUUUUUCGCGUAAACUACGGAAAGUGGUUGAGAAUUUCGCGGUUAAACGUGGGGUGCAGAGUUGGGACUCAUUUCCUGUUACAUUCUGUCCCAAACUUAGUAUUGAAUUUCCAAAUUGGCGAAUAACUGUUUAGCUGCUUGUAAUAACGCUUAAAGUCUCAGUCUGGAUUGUUUUGACGGUUACCUUUAAUGUGAUUUUAAAUUUAAUUGCGUCGUGUAGUGUUAAUGGUAGCUAACAUAGCUAAUCGACAGUUCAUUAACUUAUGAAUGGCGAGCGUUAAUGAUGGACGUUAAGAUUUUUUUUGUUACGAGCCUAUCGGCUGAAGCACCGGACUUCGUUAAUCAGCGCCUCAAUAAACGGUUAAUUUUAAAAGCUAAACAAUCUCCGAAUCUUCCCAGACCCAAGUGCUUGGGGUUUGAGUAAAUAAAACUAGUGUUUCUCUGAACAAUAGUUCGCUGCCUUAGAUACUCGCGGACUUUGACCGGAACGGUAUUUUUUCUACCUUUGUAACGUCUGAAUCAGGAUCGACUAACUGCAAAGUAGUGUGGGCAGGUCUGCCUGAAGCUGGGAGAUGAAUUGGGGACAACUGCACCUUAUCCUGGGAGGCGUCAACAGAUACUCCACCAGCAUUGGAAAAAUAUGGUUGACUGUGAUCUUCGUCUUCAGAAUCAUGAUUCUCGUGGUGGCUGCGGAAAGUGUUUGGGGUGAUGAGCAGUCGGACUUCACCUGCAAUACCCUCCAGCCUGGCUGUAAGAAUGUGUGUUAUGAUCAGUUCUUCCCAAUGUCUCACAUCAGGCUUUGGUGCCUCCAGCUCAUCUUCAUCUCCACCCCUGCCCUUCUCGUCUCCCUGCACGUCGCCUACAAGCGGAACGAAGAGAAGAGGUCCUUGGAGAAACGGCAGGGUUUCUUGAAAAAGGAAGAAGUUGAUGCCUUGAAAAAACGGAAGAUGCGUAUAGUGGGUGCUUUUUGGUGGACCUACGUCAUCAGCAUCUUCUUUCGAAUAAUCUUUGAAACUGUUUUCACGUACAUGGUGUAUUUUCUGUACGGUGGGUUUUGGAUGGCCCGUCUGGUUAAGUGCAGCUCUUGGCCCUGUCCCAACACCGUUGACUGCUUUAUCUCCAGGCCAACGGAGAAAACGGUCUUCACCAUUUUCAUGAUUGUGGUUUCUGGCAUAUGUGUGCUUUUAAAUGUGGCAGAGUUGUCUUAUUUGAUGGUGAAGGCCUGCAUAAGGCAGACAUGUUGUAAACAACACCCCCGCCAUUUGUCCAGGAGGCAAGAGAAUGAACAAAAUGAGAUGAACGAACUGAUGUGUCAGCAAACAGCCUUGGAGCUGAGCAAAUCUCCUUCAGGCACUCACUGCACCAAUUAACCCCGCGCCAGCACCCAGAGACUCAGUGAUGUUCCACUUAAUGUUCCAUUUGCAAGAGUUCGAUAUCGCCUUGGUUUUAAUUUCUGACUGACACAGAAUCUUUUAGUACCAGGAAGGUGCUUAAGCACGUUUAACAAGUUGAAUUCGCGAUGCCUUGCAAUUACAGUAUUAAUGUGCAGAGUAGAGAAGCAGAGUCUUAUUCUGAACUUGACCGUGUACUAAGCCUAAACUGUAAACUGUAACCAAUAUCUCCAAGAUGCAUUCUAGCAGGUUGUUUUAUCUACGGAUUUGUAGUGUUCAAUGCUGCAAAGUUUCGCGUUCAGUACACCCGUCAAUCAUUGAAAAGCUGCGGAGCGUCCUAUCCGUGCCACGACCACUAGGGGGCGCGCGCUCCUAGGACUUGGCGAAUCCAAGCUUUGAACAAUAAAAUGCUUCACGCCCGCGCGCUCUGUACUCUUUGUUAUCAAACGUGUUGGGAAUCUGCUUCCAAAUACCAAUCAAAUCUCAAUUAAUUAACGAGGUUGUAAACAGGAGCAACUUUAGCUGAGGAUUUAAUAUUUUUGUCGCUGACUAUUUUUAACAAACACCAUGUAGAGGAGUACGGGUACGAGAAUGUCCUGACUUUCAAGUGUAACGCUUCUCCACUGGUAGUUGGUUCAGGACUUUAAAUGGUUUUCGACAGGGCAAUUCUAGUUUAUUCUUGGGUUAAAUUUUGCUCCAUUCACAUGGUUAACGGUCUAAAAAUAAGCAUUUUCUCAAUUUUGGGAUCAGGAAUAUUUAAAUUGCAAUGGCCUACUUGUUCAGUUGCAAUAAAAGUAACUGAAUUUGUUAACAUUUCUUACUGGAAGAAUAAUUCCCAACAGAACACUUAAAUGGGGUUGUGACAGCUCAAAUUUACAGCUCAGCUACAGGUUAAUUGAGAACUUGAAGCUAGCUGAUUUACAGUGCUGGCUCUGGAGACACAAUGACCAACUUGGCCAUGCAACAUGAAAAUUGUGGCUGAUGUUGCAGUAGGAUAUAGCUAGAUGCUUUAGAAAAGUGAGCAUGAUAAUUAAGCAAUUGUCUUUGGUUCAUUUUCAGUACAAUUACUGAUUAAAGAACAAUAACCUUCGAUUACAAAAUACAAAGCUACACUUGCUCAGAUCUAGUUUAGCUGUAUAGAAGUUGUAGUGUUGGGACUAGCUUGUUAAACAUUAGACCAGUUGAGUGCACGUUGGUAAUCAUUCUCCGGGUUUGCUCUAGUGCAUAUAAAUCCCUUUCACCUCAAUUACAUACAACUUGUUGCUUCAUUGGAGUUUAGUUAUCCUGGUGUAAUCUGAUUGGGCUCUUGCUCCCUUGUGCAAAUUGGUACACCAACCAUUCUAUAGGUACCACCAUCUAUAGACCAUAAUGAGCCAAAUUGCUUAAUUCUGCUCCUAUACCUUAAGUCUGCUCAGCCCUUCCAUGACUGAUCCAAUUUACCUCCUGGCUCCAAUCUCCUGCAUUCUCCCCACAUGCCUGACCAAUCAAACCUUGCUGCCCAUGUUCAACCCAUUCUAUGGUAAUUGUACAUUGAAUAUUCUCAAACAAGGCUCAAUUAGCAAAAGGAAGUCAUGAUGUACACUAUUCUGUUUGCAAUAGAAUGGGAGGGGCUAGAGUUGAAUACAAUGGUCUAUGCUUUUCUAUUUAACUCUGCAUUGGCUUUAAUUGCCAUUUAUUUGUUCAACUUUGCUAAUCAAUGAAAUACAACAUAGAAACAAGCCCUUCCAUUCAUCUAUCCAACCAAGUUGUACAAUUUUAUUCUAAACUUUCCUAUCAAAGCACCUGUUUACUGUCUUUUAAACACUUUAAUUGGAUCUAUCUCUACAUCUGCCUCUGAGGGAGCUUACUCCAUAUUCCCACCACCCUCAUGGGAAAAGUUUCCCUUUUAAAUCUGCUUUGACUCUUCUGCACAAGGGGGAAGGGGGAAAGACUGAUCACCAGCCCUCAGAUUUUCUAUUAAGUUCAUUCUGCAGCUUCCUGUGAUUGAAUGGUGGGUGAAUAAACCCUGCAAUGGACGUCACUGCAGCCCAGUACCAUCCAUAAUUAUUUUCCACCCUUUGCAGCCUAAUAGCACAACACUGCAUGACCACACCAACUGUAUAAUUAUAAAAUACCAUCCUAACUCCUGUAUUCACUGCCCUGAUGGCUGAAGGAGUGCUUAUCAACCUGUCUGCCCAUGUUGCCACUACCUAUAAUCAGCUUGAAUUUUAAAGGUUGGUAUCUGAAAACUGGAAUGUAGCGUAAAAUUGCUGUUGGCCGCUCACGUUAAACUACUUUAGAGAAUAAGGCAAUGGGUUUAAAAACAAGGCAAUUUAAAUUGAGUGGCUUUUUGGGUGAAGUGAGACAGAAGUGCAUAGAUAGCAGACAUUGUCACUGCUUCUGUUUGGAAGGGAAGAGCAACUGUCCAUUGCCAAGUGGUAGAAAUAAACACCUGAGAAAGAGGAUGCAUUCUUGUGUGGAAUUGGGGGUAGGCUGGGGGGGGGGAAUAACUCAAGUGAAAAUAAGGGUGCAUUGAAUGUACAGGUUACGAGAGGCUUUGAAAGAUGUCAGUAAGAUUGACUGGCAAGCUGAAGGGAACUGUUUUAUGUUUUUAAGAAUUUGCUUUUUUAACACUGCCAUGAUUUCAGGAAUCUGCUACAUUAAACAAUGGGUUUAUUGCUGUAACAGAUCCAAAAUUAAACCAGGCAAUGCUGCCUUGCCUGCUGUGUUCCACCAGCA